GUUUACCCGAUUAAUGCCUGACUACUCUUUCGCAUUAUUGCUUUCUCAGAUAGUAUUGUUAUAUAUAUCCCCGUACUGUUAAGGGUGCACGAGUAGCCAAAGUCAACAACUUGCUUGUCCUUUAUAUUCUCUGCUCUUCUCUUUCAGACAAAAUGAGCCCCUCUUCAUUCAGCUAUCCCCAUCAUCAUGCUCCCUACUUCAUCUCCCAACUUCGAGAAUCAAGAUAUCGAAUUGUCCGUAUCGAUAAGGAGAUAAGAUCUACGGAUCAAUCAUUGACCGGUACGGGAAAUACAGAAAUACAGCGUGACCCGUAAUAUUACCCGCCGCCGUGAAAUGCAUGCGACCCGUCCGCAUCAUCGUCCAAAGCCCAAACUGCCUCUACUAUCUAUCUGGCAGCUACACGUCCGAUCAUUGCGGUUCUCCUAUCUCCAGCCAGGAGGUAUCUUUCAUCAAUAUCUACCUGGCAGAUUUGAAGUCCUUUGAACAGCUUAAUCAGUUCUACCGAUCAAUCUCCACCGCAUUUGCCGGAGGUCGCAAGCUUCCCCGCGGUCCCCCACCUCAUUUCUUUAUCCCAGAUACCCCGACCUUUGAUCAUAUCACAGCCACGCAGUCCACAAUGCAGGCCGUUCCGGAGUCGCGACAGCAGACCUUUGAGGAGAUCUACGGGCCUCCCGAGAACUUCCUCGAAGUUGAGGUAAUUCCAUCACCACUUCCCCCUUGUCUCAUCGUCCCGCUCGUCCGCAGUUUGAUAUACCACUUGAAAAACCGGUUUCGGUAGCUAUUAACCACUGUUCAAAUUGUUAUACAGGUCCGAA